GGGAGGGGCAGAUGACGCAAUACGUGGGCGUGGCCUGCAGUUACCUCACCUGGGUCUCAGGUGAUUGAAUCUGCGACAACAAAAUACUGCUGAACACGGAAGUGACUCAUUGUUCCUGCAAAGGAGAGUCGAUCCAACGUGUUAGAAACAGAUCUAGAUCCAGGUGUACAUCCGAAUCACAGGACACAAUGGACCCACACACACUCGGUGUCCUGACCCUGUGUCUCCUGCUCGCGCCCGGCCUGGCUCUGGACUGUACCUGGGACAGCUCCAUCGAUCCAGAUCAGGUCCGGGACGGAGACUCCGGAGUCGUUCUGGGAGAAGUUGAGGCGUUGGACCCGCAGAGCUGCCGGGAGAAGUGCUGCGAUAUGCCGGACUGUGACGUUGCAGUGGUCGGGUACCCGGCGGACGGAGGGCCGCAGUGUGAGCUGUGGAGCUGUCCGAACCAGGAGCAGGGCCGCGAGGUGUGCGUUUCCAGGCCCAGCUCCCAGUUCUCGGUUUUCCUCAAGCAGGUGAAGAAAGUUUCCAGUAAAGAAGCGAUGAAGAGCCCGGAGAUUCCCCACAUCGUCCCGCUGCUGAGCUCCACUGAUCCGCAAAACAACCAGAGCAACCACGUUCUGUGUCGUCUGCCGAUGAAGGUGGGGUCGUGUCGUGCUGCGUUUCCAAGGUUUUUCUACAAUGUGACAGAACAGAGAUGCCGCAGCUUUUUCUACGGAGGCUGCGAUGCCAACGGCAACAACUUUGAGUCUGAAAGCGAGUGUGAGUCCACUUGCAGCAGCGUCACAGGUUCAGUUCUCCCUCCUGACUCCUCCCCUCCUCCGCUGGUACGUCCAGUCAAAGCAGCUCGAAUGGUUCCAGCCUUCAAAACAAGUGCAGAUGAGUCUGAAUCUACUGUCACAGAGUCCGUUGACCCUCAGUACACAGAUAUGUCAGCUGAUGGUUAUGCAGAGAGGUGUGCGGCGGAGCCUCAGGUGGGUCCCUGCAGGGCAGCGUUACAGCGUUGGUUCUACAACCACCGCACAGGAACCUGUCAAUCAUUCAUCUACGGAGGCUGCAGAGGAAACAAGAACAACUACAUCAGCAAGGAGAGAUGCAUGGCUGCAUGUGCAGUGUCCGUCCAGCCGUCCUCUAAGAAAUCAGCUAAUGAUGUUUCCACAGAAAAUAAAGAUGAGUGUCGGUUGACCCCUGACCCUGGUCCGUGUCGUGCUGCGUUCACAAAUUUCUUCUUCAACCCCAACACUGGCACCUGUCACUCAUUCUUGUACGGUGGUUGCAAUGGAAAUGUGAACCGUUACAGCACCUUGGAGGAGUGUAUGAGCCACUGCAGCCAAGACGGUUCGUUUGACACUCGUGGGAAAAGUCGUAACCGCUGGACUGCAGCGUUCUUCCUCUUCAUCACUCUCGCCUCCAUCUCCGCUCUACUGCUGGUGACACUCAUCCUCGUCUCUCUGAGACGUCACCGUCUGUCCCGCCGUUCCUCCAUCAGUGAUAAAGAGGAGCUGCUUCAUAACGACCAGUCGUCUGUGGACUCUCUGACUCUGCCAGAGAGUCCCAAACCAGACCAGGCCUGAGAAGGGGCCACAGACGAGACUUUUCAUCAACAGUCUUAUCUUUAACGUUCUUCCUUUUAACAAUCUUUUCCUUCAUGCAGCAGUUUUAUCUCUAUAACUCAUCUGUUUCAUGUUGACACUAAGAUCUUUUAAACUUUGAAUGGUCAUUUAAAGUCAUGAAGUAAAAUAUGAAUGUCUUGGUUUUAGUUUCAUGUGACCUAAACACGUCUCAUGAAACAUGAAACGUAAACACAUGACGUAAACAUUUUGUUUUAAAUUGUCACUCUUCUUCACUUUUCGAUUAUCGCUUCUUUUUUAUACUUUAUGGAUAAAUGAUUAAAUAUUUAAUCAGAUGUUGUUGAUGUGUGUUGAAACUAAUUAAAAACAUGAAGUUGAAUUAAAUACAAGAAUAAAUCUCUAAUCUACAACGGUUUUAAACAUUUAAAACUAAGUUUCAGUCUGAAAACAAGUUGGUGUAUUUAUCGAUUAUUAUUGAGCCUCAACUUCGCAAUGUCACUCUGAUCUGCAUGUGAGGAGCUUUUCAGAAACAUUUAUUUUGACAUUUAGUUUUGUAAAAUCUUGCAGUUGAAUCACAUGAGCAUAGUUCAAUCAUUAGUUUAUAGCAUUAUGACUGAUGUUAUAUCUGUGUUAAAGCAAAGAUCAGUGAUUCUGUUUAUCAAUAAAAAAUAAGCUUAACAUUGAAAA